UACAACGCAAUAAAAAAAAUAAAAAUAAAAAAUAAAAAAUCAGUGUCUCAAGUCACCACUUCGAGACUCACAUUUUCCAUCACGUAACAAUCAGAUCUCACUCGCAGCAAAAAAGAGAGAGAGAGAGAGAGAGAGAGAGAGAGAGAGAGGCGCAAACACAACCGAUUCGUCUUGAAAUGGAACUGUUACCGUUUGAUCUCGGAGACUUGAGUUGAGAUGCAGCCGAAUUUGUUCCCCUUUGGAAGCGUUCUUGGUAAUCCGUUUAUUUUCAAUGGUGAUUUGAGUGAGGGAGGACUCGAGAGCUCUAGGGUUUUCUUGCUCCCUUUCUUCUUGCUCUCCCAGGGAGGAGCAAUGGAUUUGUCCAAGGUCGGUGAAAAGAUCUUGAGCUCUGUUAGGUCCGCGAGAUCGCUCGGAUUGCUCCCUCCCGUUUCUGAUCGCCCCGAGGUUCCAGCUCGAGCUGCUGCUGCAGCUGCUGUAGCUCGUGCUCUUGCAGGAUUACCUCCUCAUCAGAGGUAUAGUCUUUCAUCAAGUUCUGAAGAACUGAGUUCCAUAUAUGGGAGCAGACCUCAUGGCCAAGUAGUGGAGGAACUAGAGGAUGAAUACUAUGAGGAGGACUUUGAUCCAAUUAGGCAUGUUUUAGAGCAUGUUCCAGCUGAGGAAAGUGAGCUGACAUUUUUUGAAAAACAGGCUGCCCUUAGAUUGGCUCAACUGGAUAGAGUAGCAGAGCGUUUAUCUCGCCAUGUUAUGGAGCAUCAUGAAGUAAUGGUGAAGGGGAUGAAUUUGGUCAGAGAAUUGGAAAAAGACUUGAGAAUUGCAAAUGUCAUCUGCAUGAAUGGAAGAAGACACUUAACAUCAUCUAUGAAUGAGGUUUCAAGGGAUCUGGUUGUGAAUUCUUUUAAAAAAAAGAAACAAGCUCUUCUGGACAUGCUUCCAAUCCUGACUGAACUUCGACGUGCAUUGGACAUGCAAUCAACACUUGAAUCCCUUGUAGAGGAAGGGAAUUAUUGGAAGGCAUUUCAAGUCCUAUCUGAAUAUUUGCAACUCCUAGAUAGUUUGUCGGACCUUUCAGUAAUACAAGAGAUGAGUCGUGGUGUGGAGGUUUGGCUGGGAAGAACCUUACAGAAGCUGGAUGCUCUUUUAUUGGGAGUAUGUCAGGAAUUCAAGGAAGAUGGCUAUAUAACAGUAAUUGAUGCGUAUGCAUUAAUAGGGGAUACCACUGGUCUUGCUGAAAAGAUACAGAGUUUCUUCAUGCAAGAAGUUAUAUCAGAAACACACUCUGUGUUAAAGGCAAUUGUGCAUGAGGAUGAGGAGGGACUUCCGCAAAAUAGUAGGCUUACUUACAGCGAUCUAUGCCUUCAAAUACCUGAUUCUAAGUUUAGGCUGUGCUUAUUAAGAACGUUGGCUGUUCUAUUUGACCUUAUGUGUUCAUACCAUGAAAUUAUGGAUUUUCAGCUAGAGAGAAAGGACUCAGCAGCACAAACUUCAAAUAAGUACUAUGAAGAAAUUUCAUGUAGUCCCAGUGAGGCUCGAGAGUCCAGAUCUGGAGAUAUAAUACCCAGCUCAUCUUCUAGGGAGGAACCUGCAACAAUUAGCUCAACAACUGAAACUACCAGAACUACUGGUUCAUCAUACAGUGAUUCUCCUGAUCCAGUUAAUGAGGCCAGAAAGGAAGACAAUGCAGCAUCAAACAUUGAAUCCCCAUGGUACCAUCUUCGCAAAGAAGCUACAGCAUUGGUUUCACAGACCCUUCAAAGAGGACGCAAGAAUCUGUGGCAUCUCACUGCAAGUCGUGUGUCAGUAUUGCUUUCUUCGGCUGCGGCUUGUUCUGCAAGCAUUCAUCAAUUCUUGAAAAAUUAUGAAGAUCUCAGUGUCUUCAUUUUGGCUGGGGAAGCCUUUUGUGGAAUUGAAGCAGUUGAAUUGAGGCAGAAAUGGAAGGUUGUUUGUGAAAAUUAUUUCGUAGCUUUUCACCGACAAAAUGUGCAUGCACUAAAAAUGGUUUUGGAGAAAGAGACUUGGUUGAAAUUACCUCCAGAUACAGUACAAAUUAUCAGUUUUGCUGGACUUAUUGGUGAUGGAGCACCGUUGAUUUCUUUGUCUAGCGGUAAAUCAAUUAAUGUCAGCGCAAUCCAUUCUGAUAAAUCAGGGAACAUGCUUCACACCAGUGCUAGGAGGAAUGGGUUCUCUCAUUGGAUUAAAAGUGGAAACCCUUUUUUGCAAAAAUUAUCAACCUCCAAAGAAGGUCAUGGUUACUCCCAACCUAAUGGAUCAAUUUAUGCUGAAUCGGAUGGAGGUUCAACCAACAACUUUCAGGAUGAUAAAGCCUCACCUAGAAAGAAUGAUUCUGAUCAAAUGAAUGGUGCCAAUUCUGUUUCAGAAGAUGAAAAUGAGGAUCUUCUUGCUGACUUUAUUGAUGAAGACAGUCAACUGCCAAGUCGAAGUUCUAAACCCCAUAUUUCAAGAAUUAACUCUUCACAUUGUAAUGAUGAAGAGAAUACAACACAUACCGGAUCUUCUCUAUGUCUUUUAAGGUCUAUGGAUAAAUAUGCAAGGCUUAUGCAGAAAUUAGAAGUAGUAAAUGUUGAGUUCUUUAAGGGAAUAUGCCAGUUGUUUGAAUUUUUUUUCUAUUUUAUAUAUGAAACAUUUGGUCAGCAAAACACAAGUUCAAGUGGGAAAAGCUCAACUAAUUCUCUUAAUUAUCGCUUGAGGACAGCCUUAUCCAGAAUAAACCAAGAAUGUGAAGAGUGGAUGAAGUCCCAGAUGUCUUCACCAACAGCUUUGAGUUCAUCAUUCGUACAUGCAGAGUUGACACCUACGAACCCUCCCAAUACGAAUUUUGGCCACUCCUCAGGGACUUCUUUGGGUCUCAAGGAAAGAUGUGUGGCUGUUGACACCAUAUCUCUUGUCGCUCGAAUACUGAAUAGAUCCAAAUCUCAUCUUCAAUCAAUGCUCUUGCAAAGUAAUUCAACUGUACUCGAGGAUUUCUAUGUGCAUCUGGUAGAUGCUGUACCAGAUCUUACACAGAAUGUUCAUCAGACAACAGUAAGACUACUGCUGCACAUUAAUGGGUAUGUUGAACGUGUUGCGAAUUGUAAAUGGGAAGUAAAAGAGCUUGGGAUGGAGCAUAAUGGGUAUAUUGAUUUGUUACUGGGGGAGUUUAAGCACUAUAAAACUCGACUUGCUCAUGGAGGAAUUCGUAAAGAGAUUCAAGACCUAUUAUUGGACUAUGGGCUUGAAAUUGUGGCAGAAACUCUUGUUGAAGGACUUUCACGGGUAAAGAGAUGUAGUGAUGAAGGACGAGCUCUAAUGUCAUUGGAUCUGCAGGUUUUGAUCAAUGGGCUACAACAUUUUGUGUCGUUGAAUGUGAAGCCCAGGCUACAAAUGGUUGAAACUUUCAUUAAGGCUUACUACCUUCCCGAGACAGAAUAUGUGCACUGGGCGCGUGCUCACCCGGAAUACAGUAAAAGUCAGAUUGUGGGACUGAUCAAUCUUGUUGCCACCAUGAAAGGUUGGAAGAGGAAAACUAGGUUGGAAAUACUGGAAAAGAUUGAAUGAGUUGCUGUCUUUUGUUGUGUAUGAGGUCAGGCAUAUAGAAACUUCUGCUCCUUUUCCCCUUAGUCUUUCAUUUUUGGCGAGCUCGGUGUAAAGGUAGUGUAUAUUGCAGGGUAUUUGAUCCCUAUUAAUUAUGGAGUAUUUUCCAUAUUUGUGCUUCUGGUGUCCUGUAGAUAGUCCUUUGAAAUUAAGCUGUAAUUGUACAAUAAUUUUACUUCCAUAUAAAAAGUUUUUCACAUAACUUGAGUAACUCUGAUUACCGCAAUUUAUUUCUCUCUCUCACCAUCAUAUUCAUCAAUGUCAAUGGCGCACAAUGUACACAAUUUCCUAUGUGAGUUGAACAGUAUGUGCCACUAACAUAACUCCUGAUUGUAACAUUG